AAAUGCAGCUCUGGCAGGUGCUCCCUCCCAACCGCACUGAGGCGCUUAGCCCCAGGGCCAUCAGUCGAUUAGGGGCGCUCUCCUGGAUAGCUGCACUAGCCUCCUCUGGGCUCUUCCACGCACUCCUCCAGGCUCCCUUUCCUGGUUCCUCCCUCCUUCCCAUCCUCUCCCCCGGUUGUCCCGAACUUCCUCCCUCCAGAGACAAACUUUGCCGCCUCCUCUCAACACAGUGGCAGAAAGUUGCGAGCGCCGCAGAGAAGCUAAGCGGUACCUGUGCCGGCGCCGACUUCCCCAGUCGCAGGUUCGGUGUACGGGCGUCCUGAACCCCGACACCCUACUUGCCACCAAAGGUUGAGAGGGAAUCGUGGGCCUGGGAGGAGACAGAGUGUUAGGCAGAGAGCGAGAGUCCCUGCGAGACUGCCUAGGCUGUGUUCCUCUCAUGGAAUAGCUCGGUAUCUCCGAGGCCCCAGGACGGGUCUCAGGGGAAGAGGGCGGCCCUGCGCUGAGACAGUAGCAAGGGAGGGGGCCGGGAAGAGGCGGUAGGGUCAGAAUUCAGAGGUAAGAAGUCCGAAGACAGAGUUUAGAUCUUUUACCUUAAACCCUUGACCUCCCCCCUUCCCCGCCCCUUCCCUGCCUUUUUCGUCGGAACGAGGAGCGAAAGGACUCAGAGGGAAGCGAGAGUGCGCACUGCACUCUGUGCCCCAAGAUGUUCGCUCCCCGUCAUGGCCAUGGUGCCCUGGCUGUCUUGGCUUUCGGCUUCCUGAUCACCCUGCUCUGGACUCCAGGUCUUGCCAAUAAAGAAACCAUGAUGAAGCCAGAACUGAGCAUUCUUGGAGAUCAAGUGGUGAUCCAAGCUGGUGGAACAUUUGACAUCACCUGCAGGGCGCUGGCUUCCGUUACCUGGACUUGGGGCACUGGGUCUGCAGGAGGUCGGGCCCGCAUCUUGGAGCACCCCUGCUCUGAUAACCCCCUUGUCACUUGCAGCCAGCUCACUAUCUUCCACACAGAAGCCGGUGACACAGGCUACUUUACCUGUAGCUACAAGGACAUUGCUGACAUCAAGGAUCCUAAUGACAAGGCCAGUGUGUACGUGUAUGUCAAAGAUGACAACCAGACCUUUGUGGAGACCUACUACGAAAUGCCACUGGUGAUCACUGUGUUUACUGAUACCCAAGAGGUGCUUGUGCCAUGCCGAGUCACUUCUCCUGAUGUCAGUGUCAAGCUUCAGUUGUUCCACCCUACCACAUUCACCUAUGAGAACCAAAAGUGGGAUCCCCGGAGAGGCUUCAUUGUGACCCGACCCUCCUACCACUUCUACAGCAGCAUUCUCCAGUGCGUUGCCGAAGUUAAUGGGAAGACACACAAAUCGUUCUAUCUGCCACAGCGUCUAGAAACCAAGAGAAAAAAUAUCUCCAUCAAAUACAACCACCAGAGACUUCUAGUGGGAGACACCCUUUUCCUACAAUGUGAUGCAGAGACCACGUUCAAUGGACGCAUCAAUCUGAACUGGGUGUUCAAUCGGCAAAAUUCCAAGACAACACCCAAGUGUUGUGAAAUUAAAAGACACUUGGACCAAGGGUCCCCUGUGUACAAGAGUUAUACUAACUUGACCAUCUGGAAUGUAACUAUGGAAGACAAGGGUUUGUACAUUUGCAGAGAAGACGACAACACUGCCCUGCAAGCCAAUGUCACCAUCACAGUGUACAAGAAACCAUUCCUCAAUGUGAGCUACAAGAGAAGCCGCAUUUAUGAAGUGACAGCUGGACAAAGUGUGCUCAAAAUGGGGGUGAGGGUGGAUGCUUUCCCUCGCCCCAAUGUGACCUGGUACAAAGAUGGCAGACCACUCCCAGCAAACCAUACCUUUCAGCCUGAUCCUCUUAAGUACAAACUCACAAUCCUGGAAGUGAACGUAAAGCAUGCUGGUAACUACACCUUUGCUCUGAGCAACACCAGGCACGGACUCUACAGAAACCUCACCAUACAACUGAUUGUCAAUGAAAAACCAAAGAUCUAUGAAAAGGAUACAGAUUUGAAACACAUCCAGCCAAUACUCCUCGGCAGUGAGAACACCCUUCGCUGUACAGCAAGUGGCCUGCCCGUGCCCUCUUUCGUGUGGGCCUGGGAACCCUGCCGCCCAAAAGAUGAGCUGUGUAUGGAACGAGGCAAGCGGAUCCAUCUUUCCAAUGAGACUCUGCAAAGCGAUCUUCCUGUAGGCAACAGGAUCCUGUCCAUUGAGGACAUGACAGUGACAAAUGGAGAAAAGACAAAGACUCUGAGCAUCCUGAAGAUAUUGACCAGCAACAUUUCUGGUAUAUACUACUGCAGGGCUAUAAACAAGGCUGGCAUUGAUGAGAGAAGAAUGCAAUUCUAUGUCUCAGAUGUGGCUGGCUUCAUGGAGGCAGAACCCCUGGUCUCUGUGAUUGAGGGCUAUGAUGCCCGGCUCAAAUGCAAGGCAGCUAAGUAUAUCUACACUCACCUCGCUUGGUUCAACCCCCUUGGAGAGAAGAUUCCUGUUAUGUACACAGAAAGCUUAAAAAAUAACUACUCCAUCUCAUUGACGCUGGUGAUUAAAAAUGUGACCCAGAAGGACAAAGGGCAGUACAAGUGCAAAGCUUGGACCCAGAGGAACAUCACCAAGAUGAUGCAACACACCACUCAGCUCCUAAUUAGAGAAAGAGUUGCUCCAUUCAUUAUUGAGAAUCUUACCAAUAUUGAGGUCAACAUCAGUGGCAAGAUUUUGCUGAACUGCAAUGUGAGUGGAACACCAUGGCCUAACAUCCACUGGUUGAAAGAUGGAGUUCCUGUUCUCGCUGCUUCAGGAAUCUCCUUUGAGAACAACAGCCUUAUUAUUGAGCGAGCCAAAAAAGAAGAUGAGGGCAUAUAUCAGUGCAAAGCGACCAAUGAGUUGGGGGAAGUCAGCACUGCAGCUCUUAUCACUGUGGAAGGCUCUGAAGACAAAUCCAAUAUUGAAGUCAUCAUUCUUGUUUGUACUGGCCUUGCAGCUACCCUUUUCUGGCUUCUUCUAACCCUGGUUAUUCGUAAACUCCGAAAGCCCAACGUGUCGGAAAUCAAAACAGGCUACCUCUCCAUCAUCAUGGAUCCUGAAGAGAUGCCCCUUGAUGAACAGUGCGAUAGGCUUCCCUAUGAUGCCACUAAGUGGGAAUUCCCUAGGGAACGGUUGCAGUUAGGCAAAAUCCUUGGUCACGGUGCCUUUGGUAAAGUGGUGGAGGCCUGUGCCUUUGGCAUCGACAGAGCUUCAACUUGCAAAACUGUGGCAGUGAAAAUGCUGAAAGAUUGUGCAACUUCCAGUGAGUUUAAGGCUUUGAUGUCGGAACUGAAGAUCCUCAUUCACAUUGGUCACCACCUCAAUGUGGUUAACUUGCUGGGUGCCUGCACCAAACCUGGAGGUCCUUUGAUGGUCAUUGUAGAAUUCUGCAAAUACGGAAAUCUGGCCGACUUUCUGAGAGGGAAGAGAGGAGAUUUUAUUGCUUCCAAGGUCCCGCUCAGUAUGGAUAGAAAGAUGAAGACCUUUCAUGAUUCUGACUGCAAGUCCUCUCAGCUGGUCAAGCAGCGUCUGGAGAGCGUGGCUAGCACAGGAAGUUCCACCAGCUCUGGCUUCAUUGAGGACAAAAGCUAUAGUGAAUCUGAUGAGGAGGAAGAAAGUAACCGCCACCUUCUGGGGGCCACAAUGACCCACCGAGUAGACUCAAAGAAUCUCUACAAGCACACCCUCACCUUGGAGGACCUGAUCUGCUAUAGCUUCCAAGUGGCCAAGGGCAUGGAGUUCCUCGCUUCCAGAAAAUGCAUUCAUCGGGACUUGGCUGCUCGGAACAUCCUUCUAACUGAUAAUAACAUUGUGAAGAUCUGUGACUUUGGUUUGGCCAGAGACAUCUACAAAGACCCUGACUAUGUCUGGAAGGGAGAUGCAAGACUCCCACUUAAGUGGAUGGCACCUGAAGCCAUUUUUGACAAAGUUUAUACUAUCCAGAGUGACGUGUGGUCAUUUGGCGUCUUGCUGUGGGAAAUAUUCUCUCUGGGUGCCUCACCAUACCCAGGAGUACAAAUAGAUGAAGAAUUCUGCCGUCAACUUAAGGCGGGAACACGAAUGAGAGCUCCUGAAUAUUCCACUCCUGAAAUCUACCAGACUAUGCUUGACUGCUGGCACAGUGAGUGCACUCAGAGACCCAACUUCUCGGACCUUGUCGGGCGUCUUGGAGAUCUCCUUCAGGCCAACGUUCAGCAGGAUGGCAAAGACUACAUACCUCUGAAUGGCACUGGCGGAACACCUACAUUCAUGGCCCUGGACCCUGUAGAGGAGACCAUAAGCAAUAAUAUCACCAUGGAAGCCAGCCUGAGUACCGUCAUGAAGAACAAGGAGUCCUUUCCAAGGAAGAGUGAGAUGGAGCUUGUGAAAUAUCAUUCAGCCCUUGGAGUUGAAGAGGAAGACCAGAUGAAAGAGACUUCCCUCCUGCCACUGGAUUCUACCCUUGAAUGCCACAGCCCACCACCCGACUAUAACUCUGUGGUCCACUACAGCACUGUACGCAUAUAACCUAGUACCAGUGCCCUUUGCCACCCCUUUCAAACUACUCCCUUUUUUGCCUCAGAAAUCAAGUAAUUCUGUUCACAUUCAGGUCAUGGUAGCAGAAUUACGAAUUUGGGAAAAGAGAAUGAAAAAAAUAACACCUUGGCAGAGAAUCUCCUUUCCUCGUACCCUUUGGGGGCAUAGCUGGCUGAAGGCAGGCCCCUGGGCCUGAUAGAGACACACCAUGAUGUUCAGCCCCAUUUCCCUUCCUAUUGAACACUAACAACCCUACCUGGAUGUGCUCAGACUCAUAACAACAUAUUUAAUAAUUCUAUACGUCUCACCACCAACUUUGCCCAUUACACUUUCACAAGGGCCAUUAGAAGGAGCCAUCUCUAUUGACCCCUCAAAGACCCACAGAGCCUCUAAUCAGGAACUGUGACCACAUCAUAUUCCAAUGUUGGCAAUCAGCUCCUAAACAGGGCUUGGUGGGCCCUGUUUACCUGGAUUUCUUAAAAAAAAUUAAAUCAGCCCUAGCUGGUGUGCCUCAGUGGAUUGAGUGUGGACCUGUGAAGCAAAGGGUCGCCAGUCUGAUUCCCAGUCAAGGCACAUGCAUGGGUUGUGGGCCAGGUCCCCAGUAGGAGACACAUGAGAGGCAACCACACAUUGAUGUUUCUCCCACUCUUCUUCCCUUCCACUUUCUAAAAAUAAAUAAAAUAUUUGAAAAAAUCAUUCUAAUUAAAAAAAAAUUAAAUCGGCCAUUUUUAAGACCUGAAAUGUACUAGGGUUUGCCAGUGGACAGGAGUUGGUGACUCUGCCUGUAGUGUCUACCCACGAGGCAUCUCUAACAUAACACUGCAUAGCCUCCUUUGGUUUUAGGCAAUUGCUAGCAGUUCUAGUGGGAGUUGGCAAUAUCCAGUAUAUUUAGGAUGGUCUCCCUGUGAAUUACCAGUCAUCACUUUUGUUCCCAUGGUAGAAAACAUUCAAUUCAACUCGUGGAUUUCAAGAAUAGAAAGACUUUGACACAUAAGGUCCCAGAUCCACAUACAUCUCUACAUGGAUUCAGACAAAAGCAGCAAGGGAAGUGAUGUGCUCAGUGCCCAUUCAGAUUGGCCUGUACUCUGCUUCUAGAGAUGUCCUGUCACUACCUCUCUGUGAAAGGACAACAAUGUAGUAACCUCGUGUUGGUCAGGGGUGACUGAUAAAUACUGGCCCUUUCUGUAAUCUCUGAAAAGCAACUAUCUAUUUGAUUCGGAUGAGGCAGGGCCACCCCCCACUUUCAUCCUAAACUCAUCUCUGGAAUGUGUCGUGAGACUAUCCAUUGAUUUUAGAGAUAGUGAGUCUCUAAAUUCAUGCUCAUGGCACCAAGGAAAAGGAGUAAGCAACAUUUUACAAACAUGAGGACCUGAAAGAUGCAUGGUUCAUCCCCACUUCCCAUUUUCUAAAUGGGAAAACUAAGAACCAUAGAAAUGAAGGGGCUUGGAUACAUGUCUCCUGACAACUGGCCCAAUGCUGUUUCCCUGUUUGGACCAGGUAGACACAUUUGUGCGUGCACACAAACACCUAACGUGAAAGAUGCAACUGGAAUAGCUCUCAAGAGUAGUUCUUUCCUUAUGGAAACAGGCCUGGGCUUCUGCUGCAGCUGCUCCCAUCUCUUCUGUAGUGGUCCAAAGAAACCCAGGACUCAAACCCAGUGUUUGUUUGUGACUCGAGCAUUAGUGAUGUAAAAGGCAAAGCAAGCUACUUCCAUUACUUGUCCAUUUAAGAAGUUUCUAAAAAGGCCCAAAGACACAGGCCCGAGUCCUAGAAAAAAAAACCCAUGUUUGGGGGUAUUCAAAACCAAGAGCUAAAUGCAAAGCUUCCUAUCACUCCCAUACCUUAGCCUGUUGACAGUGCUAUACACAUUUGCUGCUUGGCUCAGAAAAAGUAGUGCCGUAUAUAUGAUGGAAGAAGGGAUGGUGGAUAACCAACAGCCUCCAACUAUUAACUAGGGGAAUUGCCUUCCUCCAGAUAUUCUCCAUGAAGUGCUUCUUUGGCAGCUGCACUCAGGAAAUUAUCUGAAUCAGCUUUGUUACUGGCCUAGGAAGACCCUGUGAGUUGAAUGGAAGAAGGUUAUAGUGAAGGGCCAAACCUGAUUCCUCCCUCUUUCCUGUCUGCUGAAAAAGGAUGGCCAUAGAGAUAGCAAUAAAUUGAUCAUUUGUCCACUCAUCUGGUAUGAAAUCCCAGUCUUGAUGGUCAUCAGUGUUGCCAAAGACCACCAUUACCUAACACAAACUUUAUGUAGUGGGAUCCCCCCAAACAGAGUUGAUGAUCUACUACAUUGUUUUUUAAUGUAUCUUUAGAGGGGAAGAGAAGGAGAGAAAUAUCAAUGCAUGGUUGCCUCUCGUGCAUCCCUUGCCAAGAACUGGCCUGCAGCCCAAGCAUGUGCCCUAACUGGGAAUCAAACCGCGGUCCCUUAGUUCGCAGUGCUCAAUCCACUGAACUACACCAGCCAGGGCGAUCUACUAUAUUUCUGAUUUAACUGGGGGAAAGAGCCUCCCAACUGUUCAAAAAACUUCAGUAAUGCACGUGGCUCUGCUACCCACUGUUUUAAAGAAGAGAAGUUCAUUCAAUUUAUCCAGCAAGAGAAUUCACCUUUGGCAGCACAUGCUUAUAUGGCAUCUGCUUUAUAUAAAGCUUUUUCUCAAGGCAGACACUGACCAGAACUUUUAAGAGGACUUCACAUAGAUACAGAGUCAAUAUAAACAUCUUCAGACAGGUCCAAGGACCCCUCACAACAGGUCUCAGGAACAAUAAUUUAUAAAGAAAUGACCGCAUUCCUACUCAUAAGAAUUUGGGAUAGGACACUUAGACCAGCAAACAAUAGUGCCACUUCAAAGUGUUAAAAAGUUUGAGGAUCCAGAUUUUUAAUUGAUAUGAUUUAUAAUUUAUCUUGUUUGUUGAAUUAUGUUCUAGACUGGCUUUCCUUGAAUCAAAGACCAUGUCAGACUAGGCUGUUCUGGCCGAAUUACUUAAGGCAAUUCCUCCCACUCCUUUACUAGUGCUCUCAGCUACUGAAGAGUUCUUUAGUCUCUGUCCCCCAUUCUCUAUUGGACCUCAUAUUGGGCCAUGGCCAGGAAAGAUAAGCACUAAGAGGGGGCUCCUCACCUCUGUUUACCUCUUGAAGGGGGUAAACCCUCCAUCAAGAAUGUCACUUCUCACCUGAAGGGUGCACAGAUAUCACUGCCCUCACCCAAGCAUGUGAACAGGUCUGGCGAGCCAACCAGCAUCCUAUUCUUAUGAAAGGUUCAUGUCCACAUCCCACAGUGGAUACAUUAUCCAAAUGUUACCGAUUUGUGUUGAUAAUUUACCAAUCUAUUGUUUUAAACUUAACUAUUCUUCCUCUUACUGGAGUCUCUAUUCAUGUAGCCAUAUACACAUAUAUACACAAGCGAUGUUUCUAAAUUGUUAUCCCAUACCAAAAAUGGCAUUUUAGAACGGCACCCUUUCUUCAGGCAAAACCACACUCUAUGAGAGGAACCACCUCUCAGAGCGGGCAUGGUUUCCAAUAUUAGUUUCAAAUGUCAGAUACCUCAUUCUUCUCUGGGAUUUACUAGACCUUAUCUUGUUAUGUUGAACUCCUUCUGGUGUUCCAGGUUGGGCAAAUGUUCCAUCAAAUUCUGGGUAAUGCUUGCUCUGCUGAUAGCUAACUCCCUUUCACCCAGAGGAUGAGAAGGGGGAGGGGAGAGAAUGGAUUGGUAUUGACUCAGGGACCCAUCCAAUUAUUUGUGAGGUUGGGUAGUAGAGCUUAAAUUGGUAAGGGAGUCCAACUAACCCGGUUUCUCAGGGAUUCUUGCAUGGUCCCCAGGGGUAUUUCUAGCUACUUAUCUUUGCCUAAUUUUGUUGGUAAAGUCUUUUAAGAUCUUGCAGUUAAUGAGAUAAGCUUUCCUUGUCACUUUUGCUAGACUUUUUAACUUAUUGUUUCCACACCUUGGGGACAACAAGACCCAUAAGGCUUAAAGACACUUUACUCUCCAGAUGAAAAUUUUGCAGCCUGUAGUAUUCUCCUUAGGAGAAUAAAUACCCAGCUGGUUGAUGGCUUUCAUUCUUUCGUGUGCCUCUUUGGAUUCCUGUGUACCCAUGAGUGCUUAGCAGCAGCCUAGAAGCAGAUUUGUUAGGGAAUCCCGUCCAGAAGUUGGCAAAGGUGAUUUUACAUGGCUUGCAAAGCUGUCAUGGCUAAUGUGCCCCACUCUGCUCUGCAGUUCUACAACACUCACCCCCUCCAAGAGGCCUUCUGACACUAAUAUAUAUUCAUGUAAAAAGUAGUCGAUAACAGAGAUAGGACUGGAUUGCAUACGAGGGUGUUAAUAUAAUACCAUCCUGGUAUGUUCACCAGCAGCCAAACUGUGCUUUUUUUUCUGAAGUCUCUUCAUUCCCCAUAGACAAUGAGAUUCCUCUUAGGGAUCAAUUGUUAACUUCAACCUACCUCUCUAAUCUUGUCUCUUGGCAAGCGGAUAAGGCGAGUGAUUAAAAGAAGUCACUAACCCCUCUCCUGGCACCUAGUGACACACUGAUUGCCAAGGUAGCAACAGUAGCAGUGACCACAGAAACAUUACUUCUGGUCCUGCCACCAAGUAGUCUGAUGCAAGACUUUGGUCCUUUGAGGCUGGAACUCCUCAUCUAUUUCAAAUAAGUGUUCAUUCUAUUAUUCUUCCUCUCUGACUGUAAGAUAAAAAGCCUAUCAAAUUCUGGGGUCACCCUACCCUGCUGGCAUUUCCCCCCCUACCAACAGGAUGUCAUUCUGAUAUGAGACUGUUCCCGUUAGGUUAAAAAAACCACAUUUGCUCCAGAAACAGGGUCAGAGAAGAAAAUGAGAAAGCUUUUUGGUAGAGGAUUGCCCUUUAACCUCUAUCUUGUAAUAUCAAAUUUUCAGUGUACCCCAUAGAAAAAUGAGAAGCUCUGCCCUAGAUUUAUGAUAUGGCCAUGCUGCUAAGAAGGUGGUGCAAAGGCCCUACCUGAGCAAUGGAUGAAGGUCAGGAUAGUGUGGUCCAGUGCUUAGCAAAUGUUCAGCUUUGACAAAAAUUCCACUAUGUAAGAAGCAGCGUUCUACUACCAUUUCCUUUGUACACCUUUUGUACACAUUUCCUUCAUUCACCUUGUUCUUCCCUGACUGCAAACGUGUCAGGAAAAAUCCCAAACACGAGUAAAUCCUUGUAACAUAAAGCUUUCCUUAGCUUUUUCCCUUAGCCAGAUGGAGAAUGUAUACAAGUGAAUAAAUCUUCCCCUUCCAUAAGUUGUAUCUUAUUAUUAUGUAAUCAAAUAAUAUUGUAUUUUUAUUUUAAAUACAGAAGUAGAUGUAUCUAUACAUACAUAUAUGUACAAUCCAGAAAUAUUAUCUUCCUGAUAUUAUUUGGCAUUUAUAUAUUUCUGAAAGCUGUAACUGCUACCUCUUCCAAGCAGUAUCUCUCCCCUAUCAUUUCUACUUGAGAUGGUUUUGUAAAGGUGAAUUUUACCAUAUGUGGAGUAAACAAACUUCCGGAAGA